CAAAAAGAGUCAAAAUGGGCCCCUAGCUAUCCGAGCGAAAGGCUCUUCUUCAGUUGGUCAGGCAGAUCGGCGGUAAAAUUUGCACCGGUCGAUAGGAUCGGAAUUUUUGAAGCAAUGGACAAAAUGAGUACUCUGGAGUACAUCAACCAGAUGUUCCCCACAGAGGCUUCUUUAUCUGGUGUUGAGCCUCUAAUGCAAAAGAUACAAAGUGAGAUUCGUAGAGUGGAUGCCGGAAUAUUGGCUGCUGUUCGCCAGCAGAGUAAUUCAGGAACCAAAGCUAAGGAGGACCUUGCUGCUGCUACACAUGCUGUGGAGGAACUAACAUAUAAAAUCCGUGAAAUAAAAACAAAAGCUGAGCAAAGUGAGAUGAUGGUUCAAGAAAUAUGCCGUGAUAUCAAGAAGCUGGACUUUGCUAAGAAGCAUAUAACAACUACAAUUACAGCUCUUCAUCGUUUAACCAUGCUAGUCUCUGCGGUUGAGCAACUUCAAGUGAUGGCUUCAAAACGACAAUAUAAGGAGGCGGCUGCCCAGUUAGAGGCUGUAAACCAGUUAUGCAGUCAUUUUGAAGCCUAUAGGGAUAUUCCAAAAAUCACAGAGCUGAGGGAGAAGUUUAAGAAUAUUAAACAGAUACUGAAAUCACAUGUCUUCUCUGAUUUCUCAAGCUUAGGAACUGGCAAGGAGACCGAAGAGACUAAUUUGCUGCAGCACUUAUCUGAUGCUUGUUUAGUCGUCAAUGCGUUGGAACCAUCUGUGAGAGAAGAGUUGGUAAAUAACUUCUGCAGCAGGGAGCUUACUUCAUAUGAACAGAUCUUUGAAGGAGCUGAACUAGCUAAACUGGAUAAAACGGAACGAAGGUAUGCAUGGAUCAAGCGACGGAUGAGAACAAAUGAGGAAAUCUGGAAAAUCUUUCCUAUGUCAUGGCUUGUCCCUUAUCGUCUCUGUAUCCAGUUCUGUAAGAAGACAAGGAAACAACUGGAGGGGAUCCUUGACAACCUGAAAGAGAAGCCUGAUGUUGCAACCUUGCUGUUGGCACUACAAAGAACUUUAGAAUUUGAGGAUGAAUUGGCAGAGAAAUUUGGGGGUGGUACUCAGAGUAGAGAGAUUGGAAAUGACAUUGAAGAAAUUGGCAGGCAGAAUAAUAGUCGAAGUGCUUUAGAUAUUCGAAAGAAGUAUGAGAAAAAGCUUGCUGCACAUCAAGGAAGUGAGAAUGAAGAAAAGGUUGGAAACAAAGAUUUGUCUGCACCUGGAGCUGGGUUCAACUUCCAUGGGAUUAUUUCAUCCUGCUUUGAGCCUCACUUAAUUGUAUAUAUAGAAUUAGAAGAAAAGACACUGAUGGAGAAUCUUGAGAAACUUGUUCAGGAAGAAACAUGGGAUGUUGAGGAAGGAAGUCAGAAUAAUGUUCUUUCCAGUAGUAUGCAGUUGUUUCUUAUAAUCAAGAGGAGCUUAAAGCGAUGCAGUGCUCUGACAAAGAGCCAGACUUUAUAUAAUUUGUUCAGGGUGUUUCAAAGAGUCCUCAAAGCCUAUGCCACAAAGCUUUUUGCAAGACUGCCAAAAGGUGGUACAGGGAUUGUUGCUGCAGCCACUGGUAUGGAUGGGCAGAUAAAGACGUCUGACAGGGAUGAAAGAGUGAUCUGUUAUAUUGUAAAUUCAGCUGAAUAUUGCCACAAAACGUCUGGUGAACUGGCUGAAAGUGUCUCCAAAAUCAUUGAUUCUCAAUUUGCAGACAGGGUGGAUAUGUCAGAAGUGCAGGAUGAAUUUUCAGCAGUUAUAACAAGAUCUUUAGUAACCCUAGUGCAUGGCCUGGAAACUAAAUUUGAUGCUGAAAUGGCUGCAAUGACACGUGUUCCAUGGGGUACCCUUGAAAGUGUUGGGGACCAAUCAGGAUAUGUCAAUGGCAUAAAUAUGAUCCUUACCAGCAGCAUUCCUGUACUUGGGAGACUUCUUUCACCUAUUUACUUCCAGUUCUUCUUGGACAAGCUUGCAUCAUCGCUUGGCCCACGGUUCUACAUGAACAUAUUCAAAUGCAAGCAGAUAUCAGAAACUGGAGCCCAACAAAUGCUGUUAGAUACUCAAGCUGUAAAGACAAUUCUUUUGGAAAUUCCUUCACUUGGUCAACAGACAUCUGGUGCUGCUGGAUAUUCCAAAUUUGUAAGUCGAGAGAUGAGCAAAGCUGAAGCACUUUUGAAGGUUAUACUAUCUCCUGUUGAUUCUGUUGCGGAUACAUACCGUGCAUUGCUACCAGAGGGAACACCAAUGGAGUUCCAGCGUAUUCUAGAGCUUAAGGGCCUCAAGAAAUCUGACCAGCAGACUAUAUUAGAUGAUUUCAACAAAGGAGCACCGGCAAUCUCACAACCUUCAAGUGUUGCACCAGUUAGCCAAGCAACGCCACCUGCCCCUCCCACCACCACAGUUGCAGCGAUUUUGAACCCUGCUUCAGUUGGAUUCAUAGCUUCUCGAGAGGAUGUGCUAACACGAGCAGCUGCGCUCGGACGUGGUGCUGCCACCACAGGGUUCAAGAGGUUCCUUGCUUUAACAGAAGCUGCAAAGGACCGGAAGGAUGGACCUUUCCGGAAACUCUUCAAUGCAUGAGAAUUGUAGAUAGGUGCAAAUAUGUUGUUAUUUUUCUUUCUUCUUUUUGUUGUAUGCUUCUUUUAUAACCAAUUCUUCUCCUCCCCCCCCCCCCCCACCCCUUUUAGAAACAAUUUUGCAUCGGAAAACAAAUUGUAUCAUUCUCUCAAUGGUCGAGCAGUUUUUACUUCUGCGCUCGUACAAAAGAAUUAAAAAUCUUCAAAUUCUAUA